GCGGCCGCCCCGCCCGCCCCGGCCCGCCCGCCCGCCCGGCCCGCCCCGUCCGGUGGGGCCUCCCGCCGCAUGGAGGCCGGCUAGGAGCGCCGCCCCGCCUCGGUGCUGCCCGGGGCUGCUCCCGACCCACCUGCUCCUUCCGGAGCCCCCAUCCGGGGCGCCUGGUGCGCUCGGCCCUCUCUCUGCAGGCUUCCGUCUGUGGUGCCAGCCCUGCUAUGGAUGGGGCCCCGCCGGAGGAGGAGCAGCCGCCUCGUGAGGCCGAUGCGGAGCCCACGGGGACGGUGGCCGCACCUUCGGAGGUGGUCCCUCGGGCUCUGCCCGCAGAAGCCCAGAACCUGUCCGACGUGGACGCUUUCAACCUGCUCCUGGAGAUGAAGCUGAAGCGCCGGCGCGAGCAGCCCCGGCUGCCCCGCACGGUGACCCAGCUGGUGGCCGAGGACGGGAGCCGGGUGUACGUGGUGGGCACGGCCCACUUCAGCGACGACAGCAAGAAGGACGUCGUGAGGACCAUCCGCGCGGUGCAGCCCGACGUGGUGGUGGUGGAGCUCUGCCAGUACCGGGUGUCCAUGCUGAAGAUGGACGAGCGCACGCUGCUGCGGGAGGCCAAGGAGAUCAGCCUGGAGAAGCUGCAGCAGGCAGUGAGGCAGAACGGCGUCAUGUCGGGCCUCAUGCAGAUGCUGCUGCUGAAGGUGUCCGCACACAUCACGGAGCAGCUCGGCAUGGCCCCCGGGGGCGAGUUCAGGGAGGCCUUCAAGGAGGCCAGCAAGGUGCCUUUCUGCAAGUUCCACCUGGGAGACCGGCCCAUCCCCGUCACCUUCAAGAGAGCCAUCGCCGCGCUCUCAUUCUGGCAGAAGGUCAAGCUGGCCUGGGGCCUGUGCUUCCUGUCGGACCCCAUCAGCAAGGACGACGUGGAGCGCUGCAAGCAGAAGGACCUGCUGGAGCAGAUGAUGGCCGAGAUGAUCGGCGAGUUCCCGGACCUGCACCGCACCAUCGUGUCCGAGCGCGACGUGUACCUGACCUACAUGCUGCGGCAGGCGGCCCGGCGCCUCGAGCUGCCGCGCGCCUCUGACGCCGAGCCCAGGAAGUGCGUCCCCUCCGUGGUGGUGGGCGUCGUGGGCAUGGGCCACGUCCCGGGCAUCGAGAAGAACUGGACCACCGAGCUCAACAUCCAGGAGAUCAUGACCGUGCCCCCGCCGUCCGUCUCCGGCCGAGUGUCCCGCCUGGCCGCCAAGGCCGCCGUCCUGGGCCUGCUGGGCUACGGCCUGUACUGGAGCGGGCGCCGCGCCGCCGGCCUGCUGCUGUCGCUGCCCGCCGCCCAGUCCUGCCUGCAGCGGCUGUCCGAGGCCCGGCCGCACCAGUAGGCGCCGCGGAGCCCCCCGCUGACCCGCC